UGAACCACUACACGCGCCUGGAUCAGACCGCGAAUUAAAAAAAAACAAGGAUUUUUAAUCUGUCGCCGACAAGCUGUCAAAUUUUGGCGGGAGUGCUGUUAUUAUCUGUGAUUUUAUUUUGCAAAAGGAUUUGAAUUUGGGCUGUGGAUUAUGGAAGUUUUGAGAUACAAAUACAUCUUCAUAAUCAUAUCACUACUCCUUGGGACCGUCAGCAAUGAAGAAACAAAAGCAAACACCGGUGCAACCACACCUAAUUGUCCCUUCACAAAGAUGAUCGAAGAUGUAUUCAAAAUUCAGAACAGGACAUCAGACAAAGACUCAUACAAGAAAGACAAGGAAAGAGUGAAAUUAUUUUUGAGUACAUUAGCUAACAUAACUAACGAUAAUGUCAGUAGAAAGGAUGAAGAUCUCAUAAACGUUAUUAUAGCUUCAAUAAAUAGGAUUAAAAAUAAUAUAAGUGAUACAUCGGAUAAACUAAACGAAGCCAUCAUAGUAACAUCUAAAGGAAACAACACAAGCGAAAUAAAGAAAGCAAAUCAAAUCAAAAGUGGUAUUGAAGAUAAAAUUGAUACAUUUCUUAGUAAUGCAUCUAAAAAACAUACUACAAAAAGUAUAGAGAAACAUGGUGAUGCUAGUACAACAGAAAGCACUAAAUAUGUGGAGAUUUUAACAAAAGAUCCUCAUACAAAAAACACUACGUCUGCCAACAUACUAGAAGUACUAAAGCAUUUAAUGCCAUUAUUUAAUAGUACAUUAACUAAAGAAGUGCAUAAUAUAACUAUAAUAGAAAGGGACCAUAAGAACAAUCACUCAUUUUCUGCAACAAAAAAUGUUUCGACCAUCAUAGUAACGUAUUGUGAUAACGAUAAUAACUCGCCAAAAGACAAUAAGACUGUGGUCAACAAGAAAGGUGAUGACAAAGCGGAGAUUGAUCGUGUAGACUUUUAUGAUGAGGAAGAGGAUCUGGAAACAGAUGGAGAAGGUGAAGCACAUAACAUAACAAAGGAAGAAAAUAGAGAGAUUAUGGAAGCAGCUGAGUACGGGAUGCAGAAGAUGCAUGAGUUGUACUCUGUUUUGGAACCUAAGCUGUAUUCUAUGGGUCUCUGGUUAGACGACUCCAGUCCAGCACGCUACGUGGCAGCAUUCAACGCUCCUUCGGAAGAAGCAGCCAAGUUUUCCAGAUAUGGCUACGCUUCCCUUCAAGCUGCUGCCAAACUGAAACAGCUCAUUAGCGGUGGCAAUGGCGAGGGUCUGGAAGGUCGCGAGGAGGAGACGCAGUUCCCCACAGCCAGCAUGAUGAGGCAGUCGCCUCUGAUGCAGCACUGUCCUCUGAGGGGUGCUCCCAAGUGUCCUCCUGCUUCUAAGAGAUACCGCACCCACGAUGGCACAUGCAACAACAUCAACCGUCCCCGAUGGGGGGCCACCAUGACUCCUGUCCAGCGGUUCCUAUCACCAUCCUACUCUGAUGGACUCCAAGCAGCCAGGCGGUCCAUCUUCGGCUCCAAACUUCCUUCAGCAAGAGAGAUCAGUUCCACCAUACAUGAAGAUAGGAAUGCGGAGACGAUUGGAGUGACGCAUUUGCUGAUGCAGUGGGGACAGUUUCUGGACCAUGAUGUGACGUCAUCAUCCCAGUCCCGAGGUUUCAAUGGAUCGGUGCCGAGGUGCUGUAAGGAUGGCGGGAAGGAUUUCGUUCCUAAAGAGUUUAUGCAUCCAGAAUGCUUUCCCAUCCCAGUGCCAGCAUCAGAUCCGUUCUACGGUCCUCGUGGAGUGCGGUGCCUUGACUUCGUGCGCUCAGCGCCAGCACCCCGCGAUGACUGCGCCCUCGGCUGGCGGGAGCAGCUGAACCAAGUGUCCGCCUAUAUAGAUGGGUCACCGCUGUACGGCAGUUCGGCUACCAAGUCUGACAAGUUGAGGCUGUUCAGGAAUGGUAUGCUCCAAUACGGAAGGGUUCAGCAACGUCGGCCAGUUCUUCCACCGGAGCGACGCGACGAGCUAUGCCGUAAGGGGGCUGUGUCCACUGACUGCUUCAAGUCUGGAGACGCCAGAGUCAACGAGCACCCAGGACUAGUGGCCGCUCAUAUCGUGUGGCUGAGGCAACAUAACAGAAUGGCUCAAGAGCUGACACACCUGAACCCACACUGGAGUGACGAGAAGAUCUAUCAGGAGACGCGCAAGAUUGUGGGAGCCAUGAUACAGCACAUAACUUAUAGAGAAUUCCUGCCUAUAGUGCUCGGUUCCGAGGUGAUGCAUCGCUUUGAGCUGGAAUUACAGAAGAAAGGAUAUUACAAGGGUUACAACCCUAAGAUCAACGCUAGUCCAGCCAGCUCGUUUGGUUCAGCAGCCUUCAGGUUCGGCCACAGCCUCGUGCAGUCUUCCAUGGUACGCUUCGACAGGUUCCAUAGGCCCAUGAGUAACAAUGUUUCUCUUCACGACGAACUAACAAACCCUUCCAACAUCUGGUCCAUCGGAGCAGUAGACCGUCUUCUCCUCGGUAUGCUGAACCAGCCGAUACAAAAACGCGACGAAUUCAUUACGGGAGAGCUCACCAACCACCUCUUCCAAACUCCUCAUUUCGACUUCGGAAUGGACCUCGCGGCUAUUAACAUUCAGAGGGGGAGGGACCAUGGAGUGCCUCCAUACACAUCGUGGAGGGAACCUUGUGGGUUAUCCGCUAUUGAAGACUUUGAGGACCUACUUCGAGUGAUGCCAGCCAGGGCCGCGAGGAAGAUGAAGGCACUGUAUAGGCACGUAGAUGAUAUAGACCUAUUCACUGCGGGUAUGGCAGAGAGACCAGUAGUUGGAGGUCUCGUGGGACCAACAUUUGCCUGCAUCAUAGCUCAGCAGUUCAGCAACCUCAGGAAAGGAGAUCGCUUUUGGUACGAAAACGGAGGUUUUGAAUCAUCGUUCACGCCAGCGCAACUCCAACAAAUUCGUAGGAUCUCCUUCGCACAAAUUCUCUGCAGGACUUUAGACAGUAUAGAGACAGUACAGCCGUUCGUUUUCCUCUCAACUGACAACCCUGACAAUGACAGGAUAUCCUGCCAGAACGGACUGCUAAAUAACUUUGACUUAUCUCCCUGGGUCGAAAUAGAUCAAGACGCUGAAUCUGACAAUGACAUUAGCAAAUCUGAAGAGACUACUCCAAAACACGUAAGGAAAACCACAACUACAUCUAAACCUUCGACUACUAAAAGGACAGCUCCAAAAGGUGCCUUAAAGCCUAACAAAAAGAAACCUGACAAUAAUUCCACAACUAUCAAAAACAUGACGAUUGAAAAUUUGACUAAAGAAAACUUGACUGACAUACUUAACUUAACUGAACUAAAGAAAGACAACGACAGUGACGAACUUAACUUGACUUUGACUUUGACUAAAGACGUGACCACGACGACUAAACCUAAUAUGACAACUAAACCCACCGUGACUAGACGUGACGUACAGAUUGACGACAAACUUGACUUUAAAAACAAAAGCCGACGUUUUGAUGACUUUAAAAUGGACUCUAGACGUAGACCUGCUAACAAGUAUGACGAAUAUGACUAUGACGACGAAGAAGACACUCAACAAGUGCAAUCAGUUGUUAUAAAUAACGUUGCGCAUAAGAGACCACAAUACAAUAGACCUAACCGUCGACCAGUGAUUACGGUGACUGAGAACAUUGACAAAUACACUUACUUGAUAAACUAUGUGCCGAGACCAACAGAGUCUUGGCGACAGUCGACCAGACGACACACUACAGGACGACCCAUGACUGACAGAGACGUAGUCAAAGUGACAUACCAGACUUACGACGACACUUAUAGACGACCAAAUAAGCCUUACUACUACAACAGACAAGACACUCAACAAAACAACUACAGAUACAACAGACCAACACACACUACUAAGUAUAACUAUCCUUCGUCUGCUAGAUCUAAUGACGAGACUGUGACUCGAAGAGACAAAGUGACUGACAAACCAGACGCUAAAACUGAAACCACGACUGACUUAUAUAAACUAGUGACGUUUGGUUACGUAGGGACUUACAAAGGUGAAGCUAGUACGACAGAAAAAAAGAUGACUGACAAACAAAUUGCUGCUAAAGAUAUAACUGAGAAAGAUGUGACUGACAGACAUAAAGCUGAGACUAUUAGUAAAGACUUCUCGACUUUUGACGUUAAUGAAGAUAAAAACAUGAAACUGUCGACGUUUUACGUCUAUGAGACUGCAACAAAACCUUACUUACAAAGACCGACAAGACGGAAUGAUGAAGUGCCGAUACAGACAAAUAAAUACUAUUACAUAAGGAACGUAUUACACAAAUACUAUGACGAUGACAAAAGUACUCCAAGACCUAACAACAAAGAUGAGAAGAAAGAAGUUAAUCACAAUGCAUACAACGAACCAGACAAUCAGAAAAUAGAAGAAAGGUCAGCUGUUGACAAGAUGGCUUCAUUGGACGAGGUUGAAAUAAAAUCUAAAGCGCAGGAGAAGCUUAAAACCAGAAUAAAACCAAGUUCAAGCCCAGCGAAAACUCCAUCAGUGGCUUUCCAAGUUAUUCCGAGUGAGAACAGUGCCUCCCAUUGGGCGGUCUACGAAGAAAAUUCUGACCUACCCGAGCAGCAUAAAAUGCCGGCAAUUAAGACAGAUCCUUAUGCUCUCAAGGAAAUACCAACACCUAUCGCCUUCAACAGUUUCAGAAGACGGAGACCGGGCAUCGGAAGACCAUGAGAACAAUAGCAGCUUUAGAUAAUCUUGCCUAACCCUUAAAUAGAUUUAAGGACAUUAUAGUAACAAUUUUGAGAUUUUUGAUUAAUGAACAGGCGUCAUUCCUGUUGGUACGUGAUAUUUUAAUAGGCAAUUCUAAAUUGAAGCUAGUUUUAGAUGAGAAUAAAUGAUAAUUAAUCGAGAUGUUAAGUAAAAAUGUGUAAUAGGGGAUCGGAUCAGACCCAAAAAAAUAUUUUUACAAUAUGACGGGUAGUCAAGCAAGCAAAUGGUGUCAAUUUUUUUAGAAACACUAGUUACUUUUUCGAUCCCCUAUUCAUGACAGAAAGUGCUAAGUAGCCACGUAGGGUGAAUGAUUUGUUUUUAAACAUGACUUAUUGUAAAAUGACUUACUAAUGACGACUAUGACUCGAUAACAUGACUUGUAACAAUAGACGGACUCAAGGACUCAUAACAAUAAUAUGUACCUACUUAUUUGGAUAUCUAUGUACCUACGUUGGUGUGGAGGACAAACUAAAUCAAAAUGUGAUGCAACAAUGAUCAUAUUGAUGACACUAAAUAUUUAUCAUGCUGCGAUAUUUUUAGUAAACAUGACUGCUUAAUUCCGUUGACUGACUUAUCUCCAAUCUUAUCAACUGGGUAUUUUUAAGUAUUUGGUGAAAUAUAAAUUUGUCUAUUCCAGAGUACUUAAAUAACAACUAAGAAUGAGACCGUGUCACGUAUGGGCUCUUCCCAUGAGUAGCGUGCACGACCGCGGCGACGUCUGUAGGUUAGGUAGGCUGAAGUUAAUACACGACUUGACAAAUUGGCUCUUAUCACUUGACUGAAAAAUCUGUAAUAAAUUGACUGGACUUAGACUGAAAAUAAAAUUUAUUGGACUUCAAUAGAACUAACUACCUGCUUUCGUAAUAUUAAAUUUGACUGACACCUGCUCUCAAAGACCAAUACGAAACAUGUGACACGACUGACUAUAAUUUACUGAUAUUUUUAGUAACUGACAGACAAAAUAUUAAUGUAAUUUCAUUUUAUAAACAUAAAAUCAAAAUUAUUACUGUAUAAAUGAGAGGCAAUAAGGAUGUGGAAGUUUUUAGCAGGUACUUGCUCUACACAAUAAUAUGAUAACGCGACUUAAGACUUGACUAUUCAAAUGACAAUAGAUUGACUUUUAUUGGCUGACUAUGACUAUACCAACGGACCACACAAAGGUCGAUAAAUGUAGCUAUGAAUUGGGCUAUAGAAAAAAAUAAUACGAAAAUUAUUUCCAGAAUUAACUAACUUGACUACAUGAAUAACUACACCUGACUGACUCAAAUAAAUUAUUGACUGACUGUCUAUCUGACUGAAUGGCUGACAGAUUGACUGACUUGACUAAAACUAAUCGACAAAACUAGACGCAGAUAUGUAAUAGUAUACAUUAUGAAACCAAAUGACAAUA